AGCGGCUAGGACAGUAGCAUCUCUUAUCAGUUUAGCCUCGCUGUUUACCGCUUUUGGGGAGUUUUUUUUAGCUCCAAAAACUCAACUGCUGUAACAUAUGAUUCCCGAGCGUCUAAACCUCCAGUAAAGCAAUAACUCAAGCCUACAUCAUGUCUCGACGCAGCGGCCGACUUACUCUGCAGGUGAGAGACUCCAACACGCCAGAGCCCACAGUGAAGCCACAGCUCAAAAAGAGGAAAUCUGAGCCCCUUAAGAAGAAACUGCAACCAGCCCCCAAGAAACAAAGCUAUGAAAUCCAGAAGUGCUGGAGGUCAGAAGAGGGCGCCAGUCCCUGUGUCCUCAUUGAGACUCCUCAUAAAGAACUGGAGCCGAGUGACCCCAAAAGCUUCAGACAGUUCACCUUUAAGAACCUGUUCAUACAACCAUCACCUAUACCACAGCUAAGCUGGGCGAGUUGUGACGACGUUUGGAUCAAAAUGUUGAACAAAGAGCUGAAGUACGUCCAUGACAAAAGUUACCUCCAGAAACACCCCAAAGUACAGCCCAAGAUGAGGGCCAUCCUGCUCGACUGGCUCCUCGAGGUGAGUGAGGUGUACAGCCUGCACAGACAGACGGCGUAUUUGGCUCAGGACUUUUUUGACCGUUUCAUGUUGACUCAAGACGACAUGAACAAAGAUUAUCUCCAACUCAUCGGCAUCACUGCCCUGUUCAUCGCAGCCAAGAUAGAGGAGAUUUACCCUCCAAAGAUCUUCGAGUUCGCUUAUGUCACGGACGGAGCCUGUGACACGUGGGACAUUCAGAAAACAGAACUGCACAUCCUCAAGGCUCUGGAGUGGAACCUGUGUCCGGAGACGGCGAUCUCGUGGCUGAAGCUCUACUGUCAGGUCGAGGCUCAGAGCGACGCAGAGAACUUCCUUGUACCUCAGUUUAAACAAGAAACAUACAUCCAGAUAACACAGUUGUUAGACCUGUGUAUGAUGGACAUUGGUGCUCUGGACUUCUCGUACUCUGUUUUGGCGGCUGCAGCGUUCUGUCACUUCUCCUCCUUCGAUGUGGUGCAUAGAGUCUCAGGUCUGUCGUGGGAGACGGUGUCCCCCUGUGUGCGGUGGAUGACUCCCUUCAUGGAGACCCUGCGCUCAGAGCCCCAUCCUCAGCUCAAGUCCUUCCCCAAAGUGAAACCCGAAGACAGGCACAACAUCCAGACACACGUGGCCUACCUGGAUCUACUGAGAAAAGCACAGGAGCGACAGUCGGAUCGUUUCGACGGCUCCCUCUCUCCUCUCCCCCUCAGCGCCUCCACGUUAACGCCUCCGAACAGCGCGGAGAAACCAGCCAAUCCCUGAGCAGCUCAAAUGCAAAAGAGGAAUCAUUCCACUGAGCCAAUGGCAGACAGGAACACGCCUAAACCGACCAAUCCCAGAGCAGGAAAACCACUUUGGGAAGACUGAAGUUUUGGUUAACACUAAACUCAGACUAAUUAUUCUAGUCUAACUUUUAUUUGAAUUUUUAUGUGACCAAAAAGGAGAAUUUUAUUUUCACUGCCACAGAUUUGGCAGUAAUUCUUUUAUUGUUUUGAUAUUUUUGUUACACUUUCAUUUUUCAGCCACAUUUGCACUGUACUUAAAGAGCCUAGAUUACUUUUUUUUCUGAUCUAUGUUAAAAUGUUUCCUGGUGUUGUGGCAGGGUUUAUGAAUGAAACAAAACACAACUCCAGGUCUGUUUUUGAGGAGGGAACAACUGUAUAACAAUUUUGCAUAAUCUAGGUUCUUUAAAUCAACUGAAAAUGUGGCUGUGUUUAAGUUUUCUGCAAAUGAAACCUUGCAGUAGAUAUUUUGUGAAAUUCUGACCAAAUCUGAAAACAAUCUGUAAUAUUUUAAACUACAGAAGCAUUUCUUUUUGAUUUUCUGUUUUAAAUUUGACACCUUAACAUUGCAUCACCUUUAAGGUCUAAUAUGUGAUUGGAAGACUCGUUCAGUUUGGAAAGAGAAAUCAUCUAGUUUUUUGGUUCAAUCCUGAAAUUUUAUAUCGAGUAAUGCAGUGGAGUGAAGUCAAAAACAAAAUUUAAGAAAGUAAGUAUUUGAAAAGUAAGAAUUUGAAACUUACUCACUUAUUCUUAACAAAUACUCCACUCCCUGCCCUGCUGAACUCAACAGUUUGUAAAAAGCGCAGGAGCUCAAUUUUUCUAUGAGCAAUUUAUUUAAUUUUAAGAUAUUUUGAGUUUAAUUUGGACCAGCUUUAAGAACGGUUCCAAAAAGUCCAAAUAGUGUAUAACAAAAUACCAGUAUUUCUCAUAAGAACGAGGGAUGCACCGAUCCAGCUUUUUCUGAUACUGAUACUAAUGUCGAUACCUUAAAGAAUCUGCCAAGACACGACAUCAACCGAUACCAGAACAGACGCUGAACAAAUGAUUUCCUUUAUACACAAAAAAAAAGAUCUAAAUGUGUUUUGUAACUUUUAAUUUAUCAUUUAAGUGACUAAUGUUGCUCUAAAACUGUACAUUUGUAUUGACCAAAACAGGAUAUCGGCUCAAUAAACAUCUUGGAACCGAUACCUGAUCCACCAAAAUAUUCCAUAUCGGUGCCAAUAUCGAUACCAGUAUCAUAUCAAUGCAUCCCUAAUAAGAAGCCCAGGAAGAAGUGCAGUUUAAAGGUACAGUGUAACUUUUCCGGCAGAGUUCCUCUACCUGCUUGUCUCCAUGGAGAUGUGAUUAGUUUGUCUGGCUUGUUCCGCUGAACGGCAUUGACUUACUAAGGGAUGCCACUAUGUCAGGUUACGAGUCAGAUCUGAGGAGAGGUGCAAGAGACAAGAAACUGGGAGGAAGAGUUACACUUUGAACCUUUUACAUUUAGAAUAACAAUGGCAAGAGUUGUUUGACAAUUCUUUAUUUAAAAUUAAAUAGAUACUAGAAGAACAGAAACUCAUUGAAACAGUAUUUGUGUUCUAGUGACACUGAUUCGUGUCGUGGUGCUGUCUUGAGAGCUUACGUCUUCUCUCAGGGACUGAACACACCCUGUACUGGAAAUAUUAAGAGCAUAUUUAUGAAAUGAUCUUUUGUUUUUGGAGCUGUAGGAACAACUCAAAUCCUGUGAAACUUGACUUGAGUAGGUAAAGUUAUCUACAAAUGUGUAAAGUUGUGUUUUGUAUGAAUUGUGACGUAUUUAUUGUGUUAUUAAGUGUAAAAUAUUCAAUUUCAGUUGAAGGCGUUUGUCCACUUUGUGCCUUUCCAUUGUUUCCAACAGAAUGCCUCAGUGAAACCAUGUCGACUCAAAUCUGUAUUUUUGUAAAUAAAUCCACUAAAGUGUAUUUUCUUUAUAAUGAAUUCUUUUAAUAAAAUGAUGUGA